AUAUAUUUACCCACGUGCACAUUUUUUGUAGAGCAAUUUAAAAACUAUCAAAAAGAAAAAGGCCCCUAAAAGAUUGAAAAAGGCACAUGUUCAAGACGAUGAGGAAUGUGGCCAAGAGUUCCAAGUAGAAUUUGGUGCUGAGUAUCCACUGCAGUUGAAACGGCUAUGGUUGUGGGCUAAGGAAGCAUUGUAUGAUGAUAGAGCACAUACUUUUGUCCUUAAUAAAGAUGCCUUUGGGGUGGAAAAGAAGUUAUCAGUUUUUCUGAGUGAUAUACAUGCUCUGUGCGCUCGUGGCGAGAUGGCUGGAAGCAUAAUUAAAUUAUACAUCCACUGCCUGUAUGAGCUUGUGAAAAAAAACAAAAUGCUUCAGAUGAUCUCUUUCGUGGAUCCGGCAUGGUAGGGACGCUUGCAUGUGGGAACAUAGGGCAGAGGUCACGCAAGCUUGCUGAUCGCUUUAAGGGGGCCUGUGAUGGACAACAUGCACUUUCUAAUACCGUUCAAUGACGUGAAUCAUUGGGCUUUGACUGUUGUCAAACCUAAUGAAGAGGUAGUGUACUACAUGGACCCUCUUAAACGGCGUAUAGAUAGUCAGGAGUGGACUGAAGUGGUUGAUAAUGCUAUAGUUUUGUACAAAGGUACCAUGAACACACCUAUGUUGAAAAAGAAAGUGUCCUGGGAGAACAUGGCGGGCAUCCCGAUGCAAAAAGGGAGUGUAGACUGUGGCUUGUUUGUAAUGCGAUACAUGAAAGAGAUCUGUCAGGAUAAGGAGGUUCAAUUUGCUUCAAAGUGGGCGCGUCGGGGAAAUCUGGAAUACACCGAGGAUGACAUCAAUCAAACAAAGGUUGAAUUUGCGAAGUAUUUUAUGAGUCAUAAUGCCAUUUGAAUGGUUCUACCCCUGGACUUUGGUUGUAUGUUUUAUUGUGUUAGAUUGUUGAAUCAUGUAUUGGG